UCUCCCUCUCUCUCCCCCCUCUUGCCCCUCUCUCCCCCUCUCUCUCUCCCUCUCUCUCUCCCUCUCUCUCCCCCUCCUCCUCCCAGUUGACAGUUCUCCAGUUCUGUGUUCCGGCCCAGAGAAUGUUCCGUGCCUCCAGUUCUUCAGUUCUGUUCCACUUCAUGUUACUACUGGGUCUCAUCAUGGCAGUCAUUCACCCUCGGAAGUAACCUCCACCAGUUCGAACCUUCCUCCAGCUGUGGUCCGUUCGUGGGCAGCGCUACAGUGUUUAAUGUAACAGCUGUGUGUGUGGACAGUCUACCAGGACCGGCCCAGUCCACUCUGAGAUACCUGUCCUCAGAGGCCUUUGUCCUGCCGCUGAUACUGGCGCAGAUUGUUGUCCUGACCUCCUUUGAGUCGCGGAGGAGAGCCAAUGGAAAAGCCAUCGAGAGACUGAAGGACAUGCUGGUGAUGAGCACCUCAGAUAAGCAUUUUCUGCUGAAGCAGCACACUCUCUCACUCAGACGCCAGAAGAAAACCUUCAAGGCGCCCACCACUGUUUCAGGCACUAGAGAGGGCAGCCCUACCACCAUGAAAGACCCCUCAGCAGGCAUCGGAGAGGACAGCCAUAUCGCUCAACUGAAGGACCCCUCUGCAUAGCCUACAGGCAAUGACAGCCCAUCAUAAAGAUAGAUAGAGGACUCUAGUGCCCAAAAGCCAGUUUUAGCAUGUGCAGUGACAUUCGGGACUUUCACCAUUCCAAAGUAGUCAACUGAGUGGAACUACCUAUGGUUUAAGGAUCACAUGAUUCCAUCCAGGUCAUCAGGAGGGUUCAACCAAUGAAUUAUACUCGUGAGGAAACAUUCCAUAACUGCAGGUAGCUGUAAAUGGCCAACCUUGGCUUUAUACCUGUUCAAACAACACACUCCAGGUGGCAGGAUGCACCCUUUCAGUUUGUUUACCAACUCAUAGAAGUAGUAGAAGAAGAAAAUGAACUAGUUCGAAAUGAAGAUUUCCUCAAUGGCUCUUCCCAUGCUCCCACAGACGCUCUAUUGGGACAGAUGCAAUGUUGUGUUCUCUAACUAUCUCUAUGCAGCCCAUAGAGUUAGAAAUAGAGCCCACCACCUAUCAUUGUGCCAAAUGCACCCUCUAUCCAACUCUAUGGAGCAGACAGCCAAAUGGCACCCUAUUCCAUAUUUAGCGCACAAAAGUAGUAGCAGAUGUGACCUUUGAGCUUUUUGUCACUCCCUAACAUUCAGUGUUUAUUGCUCUGGGCUGUACCUAAAUGUCAUAUACAGUAUUAACAACAACAAGUGGUCAGUUACAGAACUUGUGUUACUGUAGUGAUGUGUUUCGUGGCUAUGAUGCAGUUGUAAAAGCUCAAUUCUCAGGUAUGUUGUAUGAUCGGGGAUGAUGUUGCUAUAUAGGCUGUACUUGUAAACAGGACAGAGUACUACUAAGGACAGAGUACUACUCAUGUGUACUGUUAUAAUACUGAUGUGUUUAAUGGUUUUAUAUAUACAGUGGGGAGAACAAGUAUUUGAUAUACUGCCGAUUUUGCAGGUUUUCCUACUUACAAAGCAUGUAGAGGUCUGUAAUUUUUUAAUCAUAGGUACACUUCAACUGUGAGAGACGGAAUCUAAAACAAAAAUCCAGAAAAUCACAUUGUAUGAUUUGUAUGUAAUUAAUUUGCAUUUUAUUGCUCACAGAUGAAGUGUACCUAUGAUAAAAUUACAGACCUCUACAUGCUUUGUAAGUAGGAAAACCUGCAAAAUCGGCAGUGUAUCAAAUACUUGUUCUCCCCACUGUAUAUGUAAAAGCUCUUACUAUGAAGUAGAUGUUGUUUCUGCAACAGCUUGAGUUUUUUUAAAAUAUAUUUUUUAAAUAUUUGAUCAAAUACUGUUUUUAAAUGUGAACUUCUAUGAAUGCAGUUUUAAAAGAGCUUCUAUUAAAAGGCUGUGUUGUUACGUCAUUCACUGUUCUGUUGUUGUUUUCUCAGAUCCCUGGUUCCUUGUGUCGUCCAUUCAUAACUUAACCUUAUUAGAUCUGCUUGUGGCUCUUACCGACUCCAUUGCUGUCAUUGUCAAGCCAAUGAUGGCAAUGCCAUAAGGAGACUAGGACCCAGGCUAACAGAGUAAAGUUGACAAGUGUCCUGUACUAAGGUAUUUCUGUUGGUUUGUUCUCUUCCAGUUGUGGCCUGUCUAGUGUCCAUAAUGGGUGGUUCAUCUCUCUCUAGCCCUAUUCUGAUUGGUCCAGACAAGGCCUACCUGAACUCCAAGGUAGUGUUCCAAUGUAGGUCACCUGGGUCUCCUCCACCAAACACAUAUGAGCUCCUGAAGGACGGCAACCACCUGGUCGCCACGAGCAACGACCUCCAAGACGACCAAUCGGCUACGUUCUUCCUGAAGAUCUCUGUGACGUCAGAAGGAUCGUACCACUGCAGGGUGACGGCAGGUGGGAACAUGGGCCUCAGUGGAACAGUCCGCCUGCAAGUAGUGAUCCCUGUCUCAGGCACUAUGGUGACCUCUGACCCUGAUCCUCCCAUUCUCUACGAGGGGUUGAGGCUCACUCUCACCUGUGAUGUCACCAAGGGCUCCCACCUCUCCUACACCUGGUUCUACAACAGACAGGAAGUGACAUCAUCUCCAACCUCACCUUUGACCCCGCUUCUGCUUUGGCCGGUGGGGAACACGCUGGUGGUGGAGAGGGUCACAGCAAAGCAUGCUGGGAAUUAUUCGUGCAUUGCCGGGACCAGGAUGCAGACCAACAGCAGGUUCUCCAGCAGCAGAGAGGUCACGGUUAGGGUCAAAGCCUAUCUCUCCGUACCCCAGAUAUCCUUCACCAUCUCCAAAGAGGGUUCGAGUUUCUGCGGCAAUGUGACCUGCAUGUCAUCAAGGGGAACCCCUCCCGUGACCUUCUACCUCUUCCUUGACGACAAGGAGGUGGGUUCCGACGUGGCAACGGAGUCGCUGGUUGCCUGGUUCCCUGUUGCCAUGGUUCCCGGGCGUGACAUGGGCACGGUGCGGUGUACAGUGGAGAGUGAUGCACAGAGACUGACCAGCAGACCCCUCACUCUGGUAGUGGUCCCAGUAGGAGGCUCACCAAAGGUGGAUGUGGAGUACCUUUACAGGGUUGAUUCCAAGAUGGCCGCCGCUCGUCUCCAAUGCCUCCUGAGCCUCGGGACAUUCCCUUUCUUCUCCUGGUCCCUCAACGGCUCCCUCCUCCUUCACCCCUCCGAGGGAGACUCCUCUCACCCCUCUCACGCCCUGGCGGACGGAGGGCGCACCCUAUUCCUCACCGAGAUCACCCUAGAGGACUCUGGGUAUUAUCGGUGCAGGGCAAGGGACAGUUAUGACGUAACGUCCGCUUGGGUGGAAAGCCAACCUGUCCUUGUGCAGGUCACAGAAGUUGCCACGACAACCAUAGAGGUCAUGGCCAUAGUAUUCUGCUGUUUCCUCAUGCUGACCCUGGCAGGGGGUGUGGCCUGUGUGAUGUGGAUGCUCAACCGCCAACGAGACGUUGUGGCAAGCAGCGAGCAGAGAGCGAGAGCAGCAAAUGAAAGACGAUUCAGCGAACAUUUCUGCAUCAUUCCAGAUCCACUUCCUCUGUCUGACAUCACUACCAGACCCUUGAGAUCACAAUAUAACCGACGUGAUGAAAUAAAACCCAACCUAAGACCGACGAGUUCCUCACAAAAUAAUCCUUCAAUGUCAUUUUAUCCAACAAACUAUUAUAACAUUUUUUUCAAACACUUCAUCCCAUUUUUCAGAUUGAAGUGUUAUAUUUUCAAAACUCUCACAACAAAACUCAAAACUCCUAUUGAUUGCAGUACUCGCGGGGGUAAUACACUCGACCACUGCUACUCUAACUUCCGUGAUCCAUACAAAGCCGUUCCCCGCCACCCCUUCGGCAAAUCCGACCACGGCGCCAUCUUGCUCCUACCGUCUUAUAGUUUCAUUCUCCUUGUACAGUACAUAUGUCAGUCUUACAGUUUCAUUAUCCUUGUACAGUACAUAUGUCAGUUUUACAGUUUCAUUAUCCUUGUACAGUACAUAUGUCAGUCUUAAUGUUUCAUUAUCCUUGUAGUACAUA